AGGGGCCCUCAUAGGAAAGGGAGUGAGAAGGUGCUGUCAGCAUUUGAGGUAUCGGGAAGUUUGGUACUUAUAACCAAUAGCUUUCUACUCCAAGGGAACAAAAAAAGAGUUACAUUCCCGACUUUGUGUCUGGCUUUCUCCACAUGUGGGGCUCCUGUGGUUGAUUCUUCACCAAACCCUUCAUUUCUCUUCUCGUCCAACAUGGCGGAUGACCUUAAAUUAGAUCUUUCUGUGCCGUUUGGCUGUUCGGAAGAAGCUUUGAUCGCGUGUAGGUCGCUUUCUGUGGAUCCUGAACCGAAACGAGGAUGUGUCAAGAAGGAGAUAUCUGUCGCUGGUAACAUCCUCAAUGUAUCCUUGACUGCUAAAGAAGCAAGAACUCUUAGGGUAUCAGCUAACUCCUUCAUGGAUCAUUUGAUUCUUGUUACAAAGACUAUCCAGGAGUUUGGUCCACCUUUGGAAGAUACCAAAUCCAGCUAAUCACCAAGAAAGAACUACCACCAAAGCAAGUGUACCUAAAUAUAACUACCUAAAGGCUAUCACACGUCUUUUAUCAUACACUUAGAACUGCCACUGGGCUUUGUACUAUCUAUAGGACACUUGCGGACCCAGUACUGGUAUAGAGGGGUGAGUCAGGUGAAGUGCAGAUAGUACAGUCAGUAAAGCUAUUAUAAGUGCCUGUCACAAGGUAAAAGAAAAGUAGUAAUGACUUCAGGUGGCUGGUUACAAGAAUGGGCUCUUCUAGUCAACAAUUCCCUCUGGUUGCUUAUUCAUACUCUGCAGCCUAAAGGUAGUGUUCUACCUGUUGUUGAAAUGGUUUGCAAAGUCAUACAGUGGAAUCCUGGCUUAGGACAACCACUGAAUGAUGACGCCUCAUUUUUCAAGUCCCAAUGACAUUUUAAAUACAUUUUCUUUAAAUGUUUACCCCUUAAUAAGGAAUUUCGUUAUGGAGGAUGGUAUUGUAGGUUCCUGAAGGUGCCCUAACAGGGUUUUACUGUAGCUCGUGCAUUACCAUUAAAGAGAUGUCAGUUCUCA